GAAAUAACUUAAUUUUUAUAUUUAUAUAAUUUCAUUAUAUUUUCUAACAGUUUUCAAAUACAUUUCAUUAUAGACAAUUUACUGCGAAUUAUUAGUGUAUGUGUUAUAUACGAUAUAUGGACCGUGAAAUGAAGCUUUUCGCAAAUAAAAAACAUAUAAAGUGUAUUUGUGUGAUUACACAAUUUAUAAAACUCGGAGAGGUAUAUAAUUUUUUACUAAAAAGUAUAAUUCUUUACUGAAAUAUAUAACGCUAUUUUUCAACGGCAUUGCAACAAAUUCAAUGAAAUCAAAUUUUAAUUUCACAAAAAAUAACAUUGUCAAUUUUGGGACACCAUAUACUCCACGUUCUUGAUAAAAGAGAAAGGAGACAAGCUGAGUGUAGAAAGUGCAAUUGAAAUGAAGAGAGAUCCACUUAUUUCCGCACCCGCACACACGCAAUAGUUGCGAUUGCGACAGCCAUGGACUAAUCGGUAGACGUUUUCGGUGUAGCCUGAGGGCAACUUGUUUAUUUAUUUUGUUUAUUUUUGGUUUCGUUUGGAAAAAAUAUCCCCGUUACGUUGUGUCUCCGAAAAUUUUUACAUGCAAGUUCGAUCCGCGACGCGGUAUGGCUGCGAUUGAUUUUCCAUAUCUGCUACUGCUGAUCACACUGUUCACUGUAGCGCUAACCUCAUCUGUCAAAGCUGGACCAGAUGGCACGUCUUCGAUGUCACCGGAUUUCGAUCAAGGGUCUUCACCCAAGUCGUUCUCCUCAGAAGUCGAGCACCACACUCCCGCUGAAAAGAAAGAAUCGAAGAAUCUUCCAAGUACAUCGAUAAAUACAGAAGGAGGAGUUAUAUCAAUGCCCUCAACUGUUGAACGCUUGAACGUUGAAAGUACAGCUGUGACUACAUCCGACAAACUUGAUGAGUUAAGAACAAGAGAGAACGUGCCUAAAGAGAGGAAUGCUAGUCCUUCUGUAGUCGCAAGGAAGGGAGUCCAAGAGAAAAUCAAACCAAGAAAGGGUGUAGAAGAUGUAAAUUCAGAGAGGACAGAUAUGUCCUUUAAUCAAACCAGGUUUAGAGAUACAAAACUGGUGAUAGAAACUAACUCAGCGUCAGAAACUGCUCAUAUUGAUAAUCAAUCUGAAACUUCCAAUAUUACUACAUCAAGAUUAAACGUCAGCAUACCACAAUCUAGAAAUUCGGCAACAGUAAAUGAACUUGAUACAGGAAUUGUAAAUAAUGUAACAAAGCCAAUGGAAUCCUCACAUAUGAAGAAGCAUAUACCGAAACCUAAACCAACAGUAACGAGCGUUGACGGGCCGGAAGUCGACGAUUAUAGGCCAUCGUCGCGUACGAAGAGUUCUCCGUUAGGCAUGCCGAGAAAGAUCGACUACAUUGUGCCAGUCGUUACAACGAUUUUCGCUUUGCCGUUAUUAUGUGCCGCUAUUUUUAUAUUGUAUAAGCGUGGUCGAGAAUGCUGGGACAAGAGGCACUAUCGACGAAUGGAUUUCCUAAUUGAUGGAAUGUAUAAUGAAUAAGGUUUGUCUCUCUUUAUCUGAACAGGUUAUUUUAUGAGAUUAAUUUCGACAUAUAGUGAUGUAAAAGGAAAUUAUUCAUCGGAAAGAUAUCAGACAUAAUAUCUGCAUUUUUCCACAAACGUAAAUUGUCUAUAUGAUUUCCUCAAGUUUAAGUAGCACUUGGUAUUUAUUUCUGUUUACAUAACAAUGUGUCCAGGUGACAAUAACAUUUAUCACCGGGCGCGCGAUAUAUAUAUAUAUAUAUAUAUAUAUAUAUAUAUAUAUAUCAAAGUGCUUGAUUACCUUUUAAUGCCAUUAAUAUAUACAAUAUAUACAAUAACACGCGCUAUUUAUAAUGCUACAAUAACGUUCAAAACUCGCUAGACUAAUCUCCAAGUUUAUACGUUAGUAAGUAAUCAAUGCAUUGAGAUUUAUGCUUGAGUUUGAAAGAGUCUUCAAAGAGGAAUGUUAACAUUGAAGACAUUAAAAUAAUGAUUUUGUAAAUAUUUUGUGAGAGCUUUCGGGUUUGAGUUUUUUAAAAAUAACGUAUGUAAAUAUAAUAUAUAGGAGAUUAUAUAUCUCUCAUGAAAAAAAUUUAUAUGGAAUAUCAAUAGAAACAUAUAUUUGUUUUUUUGUAUAUGUAUACAUAUCACACUUGAUGCCAUUUAGAAAGUAUAAGAGAAAUUUAUCAAGGGUCCAAUUGUAAAAUCCGACAAUAAUACUAGCGAUUGAAAUUUCUGUACAACUAAAAUCUGAAAUUUCGUUUUAAACAUUGCGUCACCUUUGAAAAUAUUCCCUCAGCGAAUAUUGUGCAAUUCUGUAAGAAAGCCGUAUAAAAGUAGUUUGUAAGAUAUUUCUUAAUUGUACGCAACGCGAUAGUGUACACAAAUUUGACCAAAGAGUUACUUGAUUUGUGUAAUACAUCGCAUCUGUAUUACCUAUAUUUUUUCAUUUAUAUUGUAUUUAUAAUGUUGCAUUUCCCUUCGCGGAGGGAUAGAUAAAUCUCUAAAAUGUUAAAACUCAUUUGCAAGGAAAUUUUGUGGAUAAUUGCUAUAAACAAAAUAUCAAAGCAGUGAGAUGUGGGUUUGCUAUGUACAUACAACACGAUAAGCAAUAAGGUUUCUAAAAUUACUUUUAGGCCUUUGGAAAUUUCUAUUUUGUCGAUGCAUGGGAAAAUGAAUAAUGAGACAAUUAUUUUUAUACUAUAUCUAUGUAGAGAGAAGAAAAAGAUUAUUCACAUGUUGUUACAAAAUAUAUCUAUUUGAAAAUCCCAUGAUUGUCGCACCGUUUAUUUCGUGACCUAUAUAAAUAAUGUACUGCUUUAAAAACAGAAACAAGAAAAUGAAAUAGUAUCUGGAAAGAUUUUAUUUUAAUAAGCUUGUCAUAUAGAGAUACAUAAAUUUAAUAACGUUAGUAAUACGUGUAAAUUACGAAUUUUAUCUACUCGAUGAAAAUCACAAUGCA